GUUAUGUUAUCAUUACGAUAUUUAGCAAAUUUAUUAAUUAUGUGCAGCUUCUACGCGGGAGUGCUCAGUGAUAUUGAUUACAAUACCAUUAACGAUGAUGGUUCAUAUCGCUUUCGACAUACAAAUGAUGACAUUGGCGGCUUCUAUCAUAGCGCAAGUGCUUCUCCAGACAACAUAGUGCGAGGCCGUUAUGGUUCACGUAAUCCGGCUACUGGACAAAUUGAAGAGACUGUCUAUACAGCGGGACCACGUGGAUUUCGUGCAAACGGUCCGAAAAUUCAUCGUAAAACCGAUUUGGCUCAGUAUCCGAUUAGAUCCAGAGGCUCGCCGGACGAUCCCCUAGCUGAUCCAUAUGAUGAUCCAUCCUAUAGUUUUAGUUUUCGUACCGCUGAUCAUUCGCGCUCAGAAGAUAGUGACUCUACAGGUCGCGUUAGAGGUCUGUAUUCGUACUUGGAUGAUGUCGGAGAACGGCAUAGCGUACGGUAUGCAGCGGGCGCUGGUACCGGUUUCGAAGUGUCAAAUGCGAUACCUGACAAUCCAGCACGGGUAGGUUACACUCUACCGUUAUAUAAAGCUCAUCCUAAGACACGUGGUAAAAUGACUGUACAACGUGGUCCAGAUGGAGCUUACAAGCUUAUAGCAGCCGGUCCCGAUCAUCGACGUGCCGAGAGUCGGGCAUCGGAUGGUUUAGUGCGUGGCACGUAUUCUUUUCUAGAUGAUAAGGGUGUUCAAAGAACUGUUGAAUAUAUAGCGGGUGCUGGUAUCGGUUAUCGUGUGGUGCAGAAUAGAGUAGGUCCAGGUACUCAUAUAAAUCCAUCUGUAUCGGAUUUUCGUUUGAGUGAUACAGACUUUAGAUUGGCUAAUGAUUUUGGUCGUGGCGCGGGAGGCGGCUUGAGAUUGGGAGGUUCAAGCUCACGUACGGGUUCAAGCGACAGUGAAACAAGCAGUUCCCCAAGAAAAGGAAGCAGUUCUAGCGGUUCGAGUCGAUCAGGUGUUGCGAGCACUAGGGACGAGGAAACUGAAGGUGAUUAUUUGAAAACUUCAGAUCCUAAUGCAGUUGACCCGAAAGAUAGAACCAAUAAACAAGACAAUCAAGCUCAUCAUGAGGACACAUCAAGCACAAAUAGCAGAGGCAAUCAAAGUAAUAAUAGGCAAAAAACUGAUCGUAUCGGUACUGCUAAUCGUCAGCGAGGUGAUAGCAAAUACCGGGGAAGUGGUACUACUGAUCGCGAAGCUAUGAGCGAACGCGAAUCGAAUAAAAUUACUGGUCCUCGGAUAACCGGCAAUCGUAAUUCCGUCGGCAUCGAACAGCAUACGCAAAAUACGCAAAACAGAAAUCGUGUCAGCUCAAGCAGCUCAAGUCGGGGUAGUGGUUAUAGUUAUCAACGUCCUUCAGAUUCAGUAAGUUCGUCCUCUCCUUCAAGCAGUUCUGCUUUCUCGGUUGAUAACUACAAUCUCAACGACGACGAUGUAGGUGGUUCCUUGCCACCGUUAAUUACGGCUAAUCGUAAAAUACUUGAAUUGGAUCGUGAACGUGAUUGGGUUGAAAGACAUCGUGAUUCGACAGUGAUUAAAAAUAUUGGCAAAUGGUAUAUUGGUUUGCCGCCGGGUCAAAGCGUUCGAGCGCAUGUACAAAACAUUGAUAUUAUACCGUUAGGUGGUCGUCGUGUACCAUCACCUUCGGAAGCCUUGCGUCAAGAUGAAAUAGCUGAUAUGAACGCUUCACUGGAAGACGGGGACGAAGCGUUAUCCUCUUAUCGUAGAAGUUAGUUGUGCGCUACAUAUUUUUUUACUUAAGCGAAUCUCAAAUAUAACUAUAGUUGUAAGAAAAUUUACUACAAACCAGUAUUUACCGACAGAGAGAAAAAGCUGGAAAACUUUUGCGAGCAGUUUUAAUAUUGAAAUUACUAUUA